AGAGAAAAAGAAGAGAGCACGCUCUUCCAAGCUCGCUUGUCUGUACCUGAAGCUUAGCAGAUAGAACCCGACACAGAGGCUUGCAGAUCUGAGCGAUCAGCGCAUCCAAAGCGUUGAUUCGGCCCUUUCAAGAUCUGGGUUUUCUCUAGCCACAGGCAGAACGCCACCAUGAACAUUUUCAAGAAGAAAACCUCAGCCAAAGAUGCACUCAGAACCAGUAAACGAGAAAUGUCAGUUGCGACAAGAGGCAUUGAACGUGAGAUUGCGUCUCUACAAUUGGAGGAGAAAAAAUUGGUGGCGGAGAUAAAGAAGACAGCGAAAACUGGAAAUGAGGCUGCCACUAGAAUCUUGGCCCGUCAACUCGUCCGUCUGAGGCAGCAAAUCACCAACUUGCAAGGGAGUCGUGCACAGAUCAGAGGGGUAGCAACUCAUACACAGGCCAUGUAUGCCAAUACUUCCAUCUCUGUUGGAAUGAAAGGUGCGAGCAAAGCAAUGGCAGCUAUGAAUAAGCAAAUGGCACCAGCAAAGCAGGCCAAAGUGAUGCAAGAAUUCCAGAAGCAGUCAGCACAAAUGGACAUGACGAUUGAGAUGAUGUCAGAGGCUAUAGAUGAGACAUUGGACAAAGACGAGGCAGAAGAGGAAACAGAGGAACUUACCAACCAGGUGCUCGAUGAAAUUGGUGUAGACAUUGCCUCGCAGCUAUCUUCAGCUCCUAAAGGUCGGAUUGCAGGGAAAAAAGUUGAAACUCCUCAAACUCAAAAUGUCGCAAGUUCUGAAUCUUCAGAAGUCGAAGAUCUGGAGAAGAGAUUGGCAUCCCUACGGCGCAUCUGAACUGUCGAAUAUGGGAAGUGGGAAUCGAUCGAUACAAAUAUUUUAUGUAAAUUUCGGCUAGCAGGAACGGAUACCAUCCUUGAGCUUUUGAUGGGUUUAGAAAUUCGUCAUUACGAGUAUUGUGUAUGUUCUGAUUGUUAUGUAGAUAAACGUAGCCCAUAAGAUAGUUCUUCAAGAAUAUAAUCAUGGAUUUUAUGUUUGAUGU